UGUAUUUUCAAUAUCCAUAGUUUAAACACCCAACAUUUUGCAUAUUAUUAUAAACAUAAAACAAUGAACAAGCCCUAUGCCAUUGUCAGCAAAAUAGGAGCUAUGCGCUCAACGCCAGCAGCUAUAGUCGCAUUUACAUGCUUGUCCUUACUUGUAGAUAACAUUGCAUAUUCAAUUGCGUUUGCUUUUCUGCCACACGUAUUCGAUGACAUGAAGUUAGCGUCAGAAUCGCAGCUGGGCAUUGUUACAACGUUGUAUGGUGUUGGCACAUUUAUAACAAGCAUUAUAUCCGGCAUCGUCAGUGACAAAAUGGGUCGUCGCAAACCAUUAAUGCUCAUUGGCGCGGUUGGCUACGGGAUUAGCGGGAUUGUGUUGUUCUUUUCGCACAAGUUUUGGCAUAUUCUCGUAUACAAGCUGGUCAACGGAUUGGCGUCCGGGUGCAUUUAUCCACUAUCCAUUGCUAUUAUUGGUGAUGUCUAUCCGCAGAAGCUGCUUGGACUAAAAAUGUCAUUUAUUCAAGUGUUUGGGAAUUUAGGAUACAUGGUUGGACCCCUUAUUGGUGGUGCGUUGUAUGACAAGGUGGGCGUUCAUGGAUCGGCGACACUAUUAAUUGAAAGGUCAUAA